ACGAAUAAUUGGUUUCAUCUUCAAAGCUUUGUCAACAAAUCCAACUAUAUAUAUAAAUCUUUAAUUUGCUUUCUACUUCCACAAAAUACAAAAUUUCAACCCUUUAAUUUGCUUUCUAAGUUCCAUCUACUCAUUAAUCUUUUAGUUCUACACGUGUGAUCAUGGAGAAAAACAUUAAGCUAAGGAACAAGAUCUUGAAGAUAUUACCAAAAACAAUGACUUUAACAUUUCAAAAUCAUCCAUUCAGUCCAGGUAGGGAUCAUCACAAAUCAAGACAAACUAGGCCUCAUGGUGGAAAGGGAUUUUCUGGGCCACUUGUAUCAAAAAAGCUGAAAGAAAUUAAUAGAAUUGAUUUUGAAGAACCUACUUCACCAAAAAUAUCAUGCAUGGGACAAAUCAAACACAAGAAGAAACAGAACAAAAAAGCAAAAGACAUAGAAGUUAAGAAACGUGUAACAACUUUUCAAAAAAUGUUGUUUCAUGUUGGGAAACCAAAAUCUGAAGGGAGAAAAAAAUCAGAUGUUAGCAGUGAGAUUCAUGAUAAGAAAUAUGCACUUGAAGAAAGAGCAACACAUGUAAAUCAAAUGAAACGUUUUGCUAGUGGACGUGGCACUUUUGCUAAUUUUGAUUGGAAGGAUCAUGUAGAGACUAAGCCAGAGGAAAUAGAUGAUUAUUAUUCUGAUGAAGAAAGAAUAAUACAUAGUGAUGAUGAUGAAGAUGAAGAUGAGGAAGAAUUUAUGAUUCCUUUUUCUGCACCUAUUUUGGUUGGUGGUGGUUAUGGUCAUGGACUUGAUUUGAAACCAAGAAAAGAAAUUAAUCUAUGGAAGAGAAGAACCAUGGCUCCACCUAGGCCUCUUCAAUUGGAUCCAGUCAAUUAAUUAGACCAAGUUAAUUGGUUCUAAAUUUGUUCAUUAAAAUGAAGACUUGUUUUUCUUUUCAUUAUUAUUUUAUUUUUUAUAUUGAGUUGAUUUAGUUUUUUAGAACAUUUUGUGCAUAACUACGGUAGAUUUAAAUACAAAUAUAAGUAUGUAAUUUUGUACAUUAAUUUUGUCUAUAAUUUAAAUUAAUACAAGAUACUCCCUCCGGUCCUUUUUAUAAGGAAUACUUAGGGUAAAAAAUUUGGUCCUUUUUAUAAGAAACUUUGACCAAUU